CGCCGCCCGCCCGCGCCCAGAACAACAUCCAGUCAUGGAUAAAAAUGAGCUGGUGCCGAAGGCCAAACUGGCCGAGUAGGCUGAGCGAUAUGAUGACAUGGCAUCUUGCAUGAAGUCUGUAACUGAACAAGGAGCUGAGCUAUCCAAUGAGGAGAGGAAUCUUCUCUCGGUUGCUUAUAAAAAUGUGGUAGCAUCUUGGAGGGUCGUUUCAAGCAUUGAGCAAAAGACGGAAGGUGCUGAGAAAAAGCAGCAGAUGGCUCGUGAAUACAGAGAGAAAAUUGAGACUGAGCUGAGAGAUAUCUGCAAUGAUGUACUGUCUCUUUUGGAAAAGUUUUUGAUUCCCAAUGCUUCACAACCUGAGAGCAAAGUCUUCUAUUUGAAAAUGAAAGGAGACUACUACCGUUACUUGGCGGAAGUUGCUGCUGGUGACGACAAGAAAGGGAUUGUGGAUCAGUCACAACAAGCGUACCAAGAAGCUUUUGAAAUCAGUAAAAAGGAAAUGCAGCCAACACAUCCCAUCAGAUUGGGUCUGGCCCUUAACUUCUCUGUGUUCUAUUACGAGAUUCUGAACUCCCCGGAGAAAGCCUGCUCUCUUGCAAAGACAGCUUUUGAUGAAGCCAUUGCUGAGCUUGAUACAUUAAGUGAAGAAUCCUACAAAGACAGCACGCUAAUAAUGCAGUUACUGAGAGACAACUUGACAUUGUGGACAUCGGAUACCCAAGGCGAUGAAGCUGAAGCAGGAGAAGGAGGGGAAAAUUAACCGGCCUUCCAACUUUUGUCUGCCUCAUUCUAAAAUUUACAAUUUGUCAUCCAUGCUGUCCCACAAAUAGUUUUUUGUUUACGAUUUAUGACAGGUUUAUGUUACUUCUAUUUGAAUUUCUAUAUUUCACAUGUGGUUUUUAUGUUUAUUAUUAGGGGAGUAGAGCCAGUUAACAUUUAGGGAGUUCUCUGUUUUUCAUCUUAAGGUGGCCAAUAUGGGGAUGUGGAAUUUUUAUACAAGUUAUAAAUGUUUGGCAUAGUACUUUUGGUACAUUGUGGCUUCACGGGAGCCAGAGUUAAAACUGCUUCCAUGUGUAAGCAAAGAAAACUGCCUUCAUAUUGGUUUAAAAGGGAGAAUUGGUUCUAGUCACAAGUGUAGUUCGUAUGGGUACUUUAAGGUUUGGAGCUGCAGUAAAACGCGAUUCUCUCAUGGAUAUUGCAUGUGGGACCAUGUGUGUCUAUGGGUGGCUGAACCUCUGUGCGCACGCACCCUUGCUCCAGCUGCAGAAGUGUCUCUAGACAAAGUUGUGACCCAAUUUACUCUGGAUAAGGGCAGAAACGGUUCGCAUUCCAUUAUUUGUAAAGUUACCUGCUGUUUGCUCUCAUUAUUUUUGCUACACACAUUUUAUUUGUAUUUAAAUGUUUUAGGCAACCUAAGAACAAAUGUACAAGUAAAGAUGCAGUAAAAAUGAAUUGCUUGAUAUCCAUGGCUUCAUGUAUGUCAAGCAUAGCAAACAAAACUCAAUGUAUUUAACUUUUGUAGGGUUUUUUUUUUUUUUUUUGCUUUUGUGAUUUUUUUUUUUUUUGAUACUUGCCUAACAUGCAUGUGCUGUAAAAAUAGUUAACAGGGAAAUAACUUGAGAUGACGGCUAGCUUUGUUUAAUGUCUUAUGAAAUUUUCAUGAACAAUCCAAGCAUAAUUGUUAAGAACACGUGUAUUAAGUUCAUGUAAGUGGAAUAAAAGUUUUAUGAAUGGA